AUUUGACCCGCGCCAUUCAAACUUCGUAAGCUUUCUCUACCAGUCAUACCACAUCUUACGCGAUCUACGCAUUUCAUUUAAGCCCUGUCUCCUUUAGUUAUCAUUCCAAGUUUGUGCGUCACGAAAAAGCAUAACUUCGCCGCUUCCUCGGGCUCCGGCACGCGAAGAUCGCAUAUCAAGAGAAGCUAGAUUGCGCCUUUCUAGAUCUAGUAUUGCACUUCGAUCGCUUUACCAACUAUGUCUUCAAGCAAACCAGAUGAUUCAUUGGCAUCGCCGCGGAUACUGUGUUUGCAUGGUGGCGGUGUCACCGGCGAGGCAUUUAAACUGCAAUCUCGCGCCCUGAUCGCGAAGCUGCAACCAACGUUCAGACUUGUCUUUGCAGACGGGCCCUUCUUCUGCGAUGCAGGGCCCGGCAUCCUUCCCGUGUACGCCGACUUCGCGCCUUUCCGCAGGUGGCUGCGCUGGUUGCCAGAACACAAGGAGGUGGACGCGGAGACGGCCGUGGAAGAAAUCCACUAUCAACUCAAACAGGCCAUGGAAGAGGACGACCGAAUAGGCGGCACAGGGAACUGGGUUGGACUGAUGGGCUUCUCACAGGGCGCAAAGGUGAGCGCCGCACUGCUGUACGAUCAGCAGCUGCAGGCCGCUGCGGGCACAUCUACAGGGCUUCCGCAAUGGAAAUUUGCCAUUUUGCUUGCUGGAAGAGCACCCCUCGUGAGCCUCUCAUCUGCCAGCGCCGGCUGUAAGGCGUUGGUUGAUGCAGCGGAGAUUAGCGAGGGUUUUGCUACCGUGGAUCCCGAAGUGUGGAACGGAUAUGAGAAGCUCAAACUGCCCACAGUUCACGUGCAUGGAUUGAAAGAUCCGGGCCUACAUCUUCAUAGAAGACUGUUGGAGCAGUAUUGCGAGCCUGGUAGCACGACGGUUGUGGAGUGGGAAGGCGAGCAUAGAGUCCCUAUCAAGACAAAAGACGUAGAGAAGGUUGUGGCCGCGAUUUUCGACGUUGCGAAGCGGACUGGAUCUAUAUCGUGAAAUAGACAAAAAAGGAAGAAAGAAAGAAGGAACUGAAGAAGCCAACCCGAAGUGAUUGAUGCUUGCUAAGGCUGUGAUGCGAGAAAACAUAAUGGACAAGAGCUUUUUGGUCUCAAUACUCAGGGCUUCGUUAGUUCCUUCAAAGCGAGAAAGUCGGUGUUCGCGAGAACAGAUGGGAGUGACUGCAUGUAGACUAGAGAGAUACCCUUGAGGACGUAACAGACUAGAGACAAUUUUUUGAAUUAGAUUAUAGUACUAUGGA